GUGGCCUGCACAUCUAUCAGGACCGGAAGGUGAUAGCAAGCGGCUUCACUGUACAAGGCUGUCGUGCGAGACAAGGGGGCGCUAUCUCAGUGGGUUCGGCUCACUUUAAUGAGUUGCGUCUGCAGAACAACUCUGCCCACAUGGGUGGUUGCGUGCACAGCGAUGGAGAUUUAGUGGUGGAUGGUCCAGUACACAUGAUGCAUUGUCUGGGCUCGGUGAUGGGAGGAGGCUUGGCAGUGAGCGGCAGGCUAGAGUUCCAGAAUGGCAGCUUUGAAGGCUGCCAGGCCCCUUCGGGCGCGGCUUUCUCCGCAGAAGGCCAAGUGACCGUUGCACAUAUUGACAUAGUGGGAGCGAGUCUGGGCGCC